GGCCGGACCUCAGCAGACUGCAACCGCUUUACCGAGAGCUUCAACUACUCUAAAGGAGCCUCUAACACCAGAGACUACCAGCAACAAAUCAAGACAAGACGAUUGAGCGAGGGAAUACCUAAGGACUCCUCCGAAGACAGACUAUAACUAACUUUUCAUAAAACUGGGACCAGGAUUCCUCUUGAACACGCAGAAGAAAUUUUAUCCCCAAGAUGCUGAUGCUUACUGUUGUCGUUACCUUCCUUGGGAGCUUUAAUAUGGUCCUCUCUUCCUCCUCCUCCUCCUGCCCCUCCGUGUGUGAGUGUCCUAUGGAGAUGCCCAAGUGCGCACCCGGCGUGAGCGUCGUCCUGGACGGCUGCGGCUGCUGCAAAGUUUGCGCCAGGCAGCUGAACGAGGACUGCAGCCUGACCGAGCCUUGUGACCACACUAAAGGGCUGGAGUGUAACUUUGGGGCCAGCUUUGCUGCUGCUACUACCCGUGGCAUCUGCCGAGCCAAGUCAGAGGGCAGACCCUGCGAGUACAACAGCAGGAUCUACCAGAACGGAGAGAGCUUCCAGCCCAACUGUAAACACCAGUGCACAUGCAUCGAUGGGGCAGUGGGAUGUGUCCCACUGUGCCCGCAGGAGCUCUCCCUGCCCAACCUGGGCUGUGCCAACCCAAGACUGGUCAAGGUAGCAGGCCAGUGCUGUGAGGAGUGGGCGUGUGAUAAUGGCAUGGAGACAGACAUCCUGGAGAAGAUCUUUGGCAAAGACAUGAUGACUGAUGAGUCGGAAAAAGACCUCACCAACAGGAACGAGCUCAUUGCUAUCGUGAAGGGAGGACUCAAGUCUCUAGCUGCCUUUAGACCACAGCCUGAAGUCCACAUGUUUGACAACCAGAAGUGCAUUGUCCAAACCACACCCUGGUCCCAGUGCUCCAAGAGCUGUGGAACAGGCAUCUCCACCAGAGUCACCAACAACAACAGCGAGUGCAAGCUGGUCAAGGAGACAAGAAUCUGUGAAGUGCGGCCAUGCACCCAGUCACCUUACUCCAGUCUGAAGAAAGGAAAGAAGUGCAGCAGAACCAAGAAAUCCAGCCAGCCGGUCAAGUUCACCUAUGCCGGCUGCUCCAGCCUGAAGAAGUACAGGCCAAAGUACUGCGGCGCCUGCGUGGACGGCCGCUGCUGCAGCCCCCAUGACACCAGAACCAUCCGUGUCAAGUUCCUCUGCGAGGACGGAGAGACCUUCAACAAGAACAUUAUGAUGAUCGAGUCCUGCAAGUGCACCUACAAUUGUCCCCAUGCCAACGAAGCCUCCUACCCCUUCUACCGCCUCUCCAACGACAUCCACAAGUUCAGAGACUGAUUGGCAAAGAACGUCCAAACCCCUCAGCAAGAGAAAGAGAUGAUCCGCAGCACUGGCAGCCAAUGGCAGUCCAGAUGAAUGCAGGGGUGUAAAUAGACUAUCAAUCAACUACCAGCUUCUUGUUGUAACUAGAUUCCCAAGGAAUUGUGGGCUUACAUCAUGAGGACUUUAUGAAGUGCACUGUUUGCUGUGACUACAUCAGCAUUCUUAACUAAGAACUGCUUCAUAUUAAUGGAGCAUCAGAAGUAGCUUCGUUAUGGAGCAAUAUGUAAUUAAUAUUUGUACAUUUAUGUUAGUCGCUGAUAUCAAUUCACUGUGUAUAUUUUGAUCCUUUACAUCAGACAUGACCCAGACUGUAGACUUGUGUGUGUAUAUGUAGAUAUGCACAUACGCAACUUCAAUUAGCAUACCAUCCUGUAUCUUAAGAACAACACACCGCAAUGUAACCUCUGGACUUGUUUAGCAAGUGUGUGGUUUCAUUCCUUUCUGACGUGGGCAUUAUUGUUCAUGUUUUGUGGCAGCUAUUGAACUCCCUUCAUGAAAAAAAGACAAAGCGAAACAUGUCAAAGGAUGAAUGAAUGUUUUUAUUAUUGUUAUUAAUAUUAUUUAUCAAGAAAUGUAGCUACUUUAUUUGGAUAUUAUGUGUCAUACUGGAAUAAAUUGUAAAAAUGAUUUAAUUUUA